CUAGUGUGUUACAGUCGCUAGCUGCUGGCCGGACCUGGAGGGUCGCGUCGACGGCGUGAGGCUGCCCCAAGCCAAGGAGGGCCGCCGUACGAUGAUCCUCACGCAGUGCGCCGCCUGCGCUACCAACCUUGGGCUGACCUUGGGUAAGAAAUGCGGCCGCUGCAGUACACGCUACUGUGGGCCCGAAUGCCAGAAACAGCACUGGGAAGAGGGCGGCCACGACCAGCUCUGCAAACCGACAAAAAAGGCGGGCGGCGCAGAACAAUAUAAUGCCAAUACGAGAUACACGGAGGCUGUCGCGGCCGCAGUCCAGAAAUGCGCCGAGGACACGAAGGGCCAGACUUGCUACAUCUGCACGCAGGCCCUCCAUUGGAAAACAAAGGAGGGCCUCGUGCGCAUGUGUGCGUGCCGCGGGACGGCGGGCUUCGCGCAUGUGUCGUGCCUCGCGGAACAGGCGAAGAUUUUGUGGGCCGAGGUCGAGGAGAACAAUUUGGGCGCUAAGGCGAGGAAGGAGAGGUGGGCGCGGUGGUACUCGUGCGGCUUGUGCGAGCAACAGUACCACGGCGUCGUGGAUUGUGCGCUCGGCUGGGCGUGCUGGAAGACGUACGUGGGGCGGCCGGAGAGGGACUCGCCUCGGAUGAAUGCGAUAAGGCAGCUUUCGAACGGUUUAGGCGCAGCAGGUCACCACAAGGACGCGUUGUCCGUGCAAGAGACCCAGUUUUCUAUAGAGCGGCGCCUCGGCGCACCAGAAGCGGCUUUGCUCAAUACGCAGGAGAAUCUUGCGGGCACGUAUGGAGAGCUGGGGCGGCAUGAGCAGGCCCUGCUUAUGCAGCGAGGCGUAUACUCUGGACGCAUGAAGUUAUAUGGCGAGGAACAUGCGAACACAUUAUUGGCAGCCACCAACUUGGCGAUGUCUCUUCUUGGUCUCCAGCGCUUCGAAGAAGUUAAGGCUCUGUUGCGCAAAACGAUGCCCAUAGCGCGGCGCGUUCUCGGCGAGAAUAGUUUUGACAUGCUCACAAUGAGGAGGCUUUACGCGCGGGCGCUCUGCACCGCCGACACCACGCUCGACGAUACCCGCGAGGCCGUCAAUACGCUGGAGGACACGGAACGGACCGCGCGGCGCGUGUACGGUGGCGCGCACCCGCUCACAGGAGCGCUUGAGGAGCAAUUGCAAGUGUCCCGAGCCGUGCUCCACGCCCGCGAAGGGAUGCGCCAGCCGACGUGACCGAGGCAUAAAUAAAAAGACAAAAAC